CCCGUUGGUAAAGACCCGACUUUCAGCAGGUCUCACCCGUGGUGGCUAAGCGUUUCGUUGAAUCUCCGUAUGGCCGCCGCUGUCAAGAGAUGCGAAGGCCGUCCUCGAGCGUGGGGAGGGAACGAGCAAAAGUUAGCGCGAAUUCUGCCGCCGCUGGUGUGUUCGGUCGAAUUGGCAGUGACAUGGUUUGUGAACGGUCCCGCACAACGGGCCUUGAAUGGAACUUGGUGAUUGGACACACAGGAGGAGCGAAGCGCACGUUCUGUCGGCUGUUCGCCCAUCGUGAGAACACACCCGAAGCGCAGCGCGAUGGGCUGUUGCCCCCAGCUCGAGAGAUACAGCGGUGGAGCGGCGUCGGUUACUCGAGAAAGGUUGGGCGUGGGGUCGGUUUUGGGAGUGGAGCACUGUUCCUCUUAGAGGAAAAGAAGUUAAGCCGGCUUGGGGAGGGAUAUGUGGGGACUGGCGGCGGCGUGGACGCCAUCGACCAGGAGGACGACCUCGCCUGCGGCGGACGGGCGGAAAGCGACGCGCAAACCCCGAAACUGAAGCGCGCGAGCCCUCAUCGCGCCGGUGGCGCGGGGAAGGGCCCGCGCAACAAGACUUGUGUUCACGAAGUGGCCAUCCCCCCGACUUACGAUGCUUCCGCCCUCCCCAGCCACGUGUACGGGGACAUCGACAACCCGCGCUACUCUGGGCCGCGCGCCAAAUCGUAUGAUUUUGAGCUUGAUCCGUUCCAAGAGGUCUCGAUCUCCUGCCUAGAGCGGCAAGAGUCCGUCUUGGUGGCCGCGCAUACAUCAGCUGGAAAGACAGCCGUCGCUGAGUACGCCGUCGCCAUGGCUUUUCGGGACAAGCAGAAGGUAAUCUACACCUCCCCUCUCAAGGCACUGAGUAAUCAGAAGUACCGGGAGCUCAGCCAGGAGUUCACCGACGUCGGGCUGAUGACAGGCGACGUGUCAAUUCUGCCGGAGGCCACGUGUGUGGUGAUGACAACGGAAAUUCUGCGUGGGAUGUUGUAUCGAGGAAGCGAGCUGUUGCGAGAGGUAGCGUGGGUCAUUUUCGACGAAAUACACUACAUGAAGGACAGGGAGAGGGGGGUAGUUUGGGAGGAGAGCAUCAUCUUUCUCCCGCCGGAAAUGAAGAUGGUCUUUCUCUCUGCAACCUUGUCCAAUGCGGCGGAAUUUGCGGGAUGGAUUUGUCGUUUGCGAGACAAGCCUUGCCACGUCGUCUACACGGACUAUCGCCCAACGCCUCUUCAGCACUAUGGCUUUCCCGCUGGCGGCGCCGGACUCUACCUCCUUGUCGACGAAAGGGGAUCCUUCCGAGAGAACAACUACGACAAAAUGAUGAGCACUUUCUACCCCGACGCCGCCGAUGGUCCUUCCACCACUGCCAAUGAAAAUAACGGCAACACUGACCUUUCCAACCUGGACCACCACCACCCGUCUCACCAUUCUCAAGCUACCAACGGUUCUUCGAUCAACGGCCAGCCCGCAGGAACCAGAGGAGGAGGAGGAGGAGGAGGAGGAGGAGGAGGAGGAAUGGGGGGGAAAGGGGCAGGCGGGGGGUAUCCUAUCGCUGCUUCGCCGGGUAAUCAACACGCGGGACCGGGGAAAUCGGCGAGAAGCGUUGGCUUUGCAGGCGGCGGUGGGAAAGGAGGUGGAGGAGGAGGAGGAGGAGGAGGAGGGGGAGGAGGAGGAGGAUUAGGAGGGAAGGGUCAUCAACAGAAGUCAGCGGAGACGAAGCAUGAUAUCCAUAAGAUUGUGAAGAUGAUUAUGGACCGUCAGAUGCAUCCGGUGAUUGUGUUCAGCUUCAGCAGAAGGGAGUGCGAGCUGUUUGCAAUGCAGUUGGCAAAGCUUGAUCUGACGUCUACCGACGAGAAGGAGUGCAUCGAGGAGGUAUUCCGGAAGGCGGUGGAGGUUCUGCGCGAAGAGGAUCGCUCUCUUCCGGCCAUCGAGCUGAUCCUACCGCUUUUGAAGCGCGGCAUAGGUGUCCAUCACUCGGGCUUGCUGCCCAUCCUGAAGGAGCUGAUCGAGAUCUUGUUUCAGGAAGGGCUGAUAAAGGCGCUGUUCGCGACGGAGACCUUCGCAAUGGGUCUGAACAUGCCGGCGAAGACGGUCGUGUUCACGUCGGUGAUGAAGUGGGACGGCGACGGUCAUCGAGCGAUGUCGUCGGGGGAGUAUAUCCAAAUGAGCGGAAGGGCGGGGAGGCGGGGGAAGGACGAUCGCGGCAUAUGUAUCGUGAUGGUAGACGAGACAUUCGACAAGGGUCUGGCGAAGGAGAUGCUGCUGGGGAAGCCGGCGCCACUGGUCAGCACCUUCCACUUGAGCUACUACACAAUCCUCAACCUGAUGAGCAGAGCGGACGGGGAGUUCAAUGCGGAGUACGUGAUCAGGCACUCCUUCCAUCAGUACCAGCACGAGAGGGCGAUGCCGGAGGUACAGAGGGAGGUGGCGGCAUUGGAGAAGCAGGCGGCCGAGAUCCCGAUUCGAAACGAGGAGGAGGUAGAGGAGUACCAGAGGCUGAAGGACGAGCUGGCCGCGGCGAGCAAGGAGAUGAUGGCGCAGGUCUUGCUGCCGGAGCGCUGCCUGUCUUUCCUUCAGCCGGGGAGAGUGAUCCGCGUGGGGGACGGCGGCGCGAACGACUGGGGAUGGGGGGUGGUUGUCAAUGUGGUAGCGAGCAACAAGAAGGGCAAUGGCGGCGGCGGCGCCGGCGGCGGGGGCGGCGGCGGGGGGGGCGCGGGGGGGAGUUCGAGGCCGACCGCAGCUGCGUCGUAUAUGGUGGACACGCUUCUGCACUGCGCGCCGCCGACGGCGGCGGCGUCGGGUGCCGGGGUCGGCGGCGGAGGGCGGGGGGGCGAACGACCGCGCCCCUGUCCGCUGGACGAAGCGGGGGAGAUGCACGUGUUGCCCGUGCAGCUCCCGCUCGUGGCCGAGAUCAGCUCGCUGCGCGUGGUCGUUCCGCAGGACCUGCGCCCCAGCGAGGCUCGGGCCAACGUCCUCAGUGCUGUCCGCGGUCUCCUCCGCCGCUACCCCGAGGGUCUCCCGCGUCUGGAUCCCGUCCACGACAUGAAAAUCCGCGACGUUCCCUUCGUCAAUCUCGUCGAGAGAGUGGAGGAACUCGAUGUCACUGUCUCUCGCCAUUCUGUUCAUCGCCGUCGUGGUACUGCUAGUGUAGGCGGAGGAGGAGGAGGAGGAGAAGAAGGAAGCUUGAACCUGACGGCGUUUCAGCGGAGAGCGCAAUUGCAAGCGGAGGCGCAGAAGCUGAGAAUGAAGAUGAGAGAAUCUCAGCUGCAUAUCUUUCGGGACGAGCUGAGGAGCCGGUCUAGGGUUUUGAAAAGACUUGGGCAAAUCAAUCAAGAGGGAGUGGUGCAGCUCAAGGGAAGAGCGGCGUGUGUGAUAGACACAGCGGACGAGGUGUUAAUCACCGAGCUGAUGUUCAAUGGGUUUUUCAACGACCUAGACAGCCAUCAGGUCGCAGCGCUGAUGAGUUGCUUCGUGCCCGUGGAGAAAUCGAAUGAGCAAGGCAAGCUGCGUCACGCGUUGGCAAAGCCCUUGGCUGUGCUUCAGGACAUGGCCAGACGGAUUGCCACUAUACAGAAGGAGUGCAUGCUUGAGGUGGAUGUAGAUGAGUACGUGGAGUCUUUUCAGCCGACCUUGAUGGAUGUGGUCUACCAUUGGUCCAAGGGGGCGACUUUCGCGGAGGUCUGUGAAAUGACCGAUGUGUUUGAGGGUAGCAUUAUUAGGGCUGUGAGGAGAUUAGACGAAGUGUUAGGUCAGCUCAGGAUUGCCUGCAAGGCCGUGGGCGAGUCCGAGCUCGAGAAGAAGUUUGAGGAAGCAUCUGACCGCCUGCGCAGAGGCAUCAUGUUCGCAAAUUCGUUGUAUAUCUAACAGUACCAGAACGCAAUUUUUGUUGGCAAUCAAGAAUUAGAGAGAGCCCUAAUUCGUUGUUGUUUUGGUUUCAAAUUUGGUGUCGGUUUAUAUCAAUUAAUCAGUCUGUCGAUCAGUCGAUCAAUCACUUAGUCAAUUCGUCGAUUAACUAAUCACUCAAGGUAGCCUCGGACCCAGCUGCGGUGAUUCUCAAGUUUGCUGGGGCACCUGAUGUACUUGGCUUAGGGGAACUCCCAACCGGCAUCUCAUAUAUAGCGAUCUCUCUCUCUCUCUCUCUCUCUCUCUCUCUCGAUCCUUUCUGCUUCAUGUCUGUUUCUUGUUGUUCAGUUUCUGGACUCUCAACCGAAGUCCUGUAUAUGGCCUGAUUUGAGUGCUUUGUUUUUGGUCCGAUGCGUACUUCUCUCGUCAUUUGCAUCCUUCCCCUGCUUUCCCUCUCCUGUUCAUCCGCUUCUUCGAUUCGCAUAUAUGUUUCCUCAUCGUUUUUUUUUUUUUUCUCGUCGUCCUGCCGUCUCGCUUCUAUCGAUCGGAAUGCCAUCAAUGUGCAUGCGGAAUAAUACAAGACUCGAACACACAAACAACGGCUUGACAGGCUGACACCCAUAACCAUAAGGCGAAGCGGGUCGCAUGGUGCUGAUGACACCUUUAUAUCCGUGGCUGCUUUAUUUUGUACGUUUUCCAUCAUGAUCAUCAUGUCCGUCUCCGAUCCAUCCAUCCAUGGGCCUACACCACUUGUUAUCCAUCCAUCCAUCCAUCUCAUCCAUCUAUCCAUCCAUCCAUCCAUCCAUCCAUCCAUCUCAUCCAUCCAUGCAUCCACGCAUUCAUGUUUCUCUCUCGUCUUUUAUUUAACCUUUCCGCACCUCCUCUCUCUGCGAUCUCGAGAAUGAGGAUGAUUCUGCGUUUCUGCUGUGUACUCUACCUCCGCCCCUUCACCAGUGAAGAGUCGAACACACAAUCAGUUGGUUUAUGCUUGAAUCAUCCCGCUUUGUGCGCGUGCGUGCGCACUGGUUCGCCUCUGUGUGUGCGUGUGUGUGUGUGUGUGUGUGUGUGUGUGUGUGUGUGUGUGUGUGAGAGAGAGAGAGAGAGAGAGAGAGAGAGAGAGAGAGAGAGAGAGAGAGAGAUCGCGUUUGUCAGCUUGUCAGUUCUGUUGAGCUCUUUGUUUUAACUGCACAAGGGAGAGGAGGGCCUAUGACGUUGGGGCAGCCAAGCGGUGUUGGGUGAUGCCUUUUUGUCAAUCUUGGACUUGAAGCGAUGAGGAGAGCGGCCGGACUAUUUUGAUGGUGGCAGCACCUGGAAGUCGGCCUGUCUGGUGGUCUGUGGAACGGCCUCUGCUUCCAAGGGGGGGGGGGAGCGCAGACCUGCAUUGCGAGAUGAGGAGGAGGAGGAGGAGGAUGAGGAUGUGGCGCGGAGCUGCAUUUUGUAAUUGUGAUUACGUGGCGUACAACAGCGGUUAUGAUCUGUGUCACUGAAAGAGGGCAGUGCAGCGUGCUGCUGGGCCUGUGCUGAUGCCAGAUCUCUUUGUGGGAGAGGAAGUUUCUUCACUGCAGAUUCACAAACGUUUUCUUCACAGUAGACAAGGCUUCAUCUUCACAGCAGACAAGGCUUCAAUGCGGAUUCACAAACGUUUUCUUCACGAUGCACGUGCGGUACUUUUCGGCGUUUUUCAGUUCAGCAGGUGGGAGCGCGUCCGGCGGCGGUUUUGACGUUCAUCAAAUUGGCGGUCCCGUUGCCCAAGUGUUCCGUCAAAAAUGGUGCAAUGCGUCAGACCAGAAUUCUGGGCGAGUUGGAAAUGAAGAGCACGGUUUUUC